UUCAUGGCAGGGGCGCAUGCGCAAUGCUUCGUGUUGCAACACAUCUGAGCUCGACAGCAAUCGUCAACUGGAGAAAAUAGACAUUACUUACCCCUUUGAGACAAACUGAGAAACUACACAUGACAUUUAAAGGAUUAUUGCGAUCAUACACGGAUUACAAUAGAGGAAGUUUUGGGAAUUAGGACAAUCAAUAAUACUAAAAUCGUUUUUGUCACGUGGUCAAGCUUGACCAAUCGGAGCCAGCCAACUCCAGCGGAAAGUAUGCUCUUUGUUCGGAUAUUUUGCCAACUUUAUCCCCAAAUCUGAGCCUAAUACUUUGUAUAAAUCAGAGGUUGUGUAUGGAGGAGACGUUUUACGACGAAGGACACACUGUGGAUAUACUCUAUUGCGUUUUUUUGUGGAUUGCCACGUGUCGAAGUUUCGAUAAACAGUGCGCUCAGCCUUAUUUCAUCACAUGACUCCCCUCCCCCACCCAGCGCAGGGAAUGGGGGGAAGAAGGCGGACAUGUUUGAGGGAAAUGUGUUGGUUAAAAAGUAUCGAGGUGGAAGACAAGAAGAUUAUUUGAAGAAAGGUUUCGCAUUAUUUUGGGAUUUACCAGUCGACAUUUGUAUUUAUUUUGAAUUUAAGAUUUUAAUGUCAUACUUUGAAAAUAUUUAUUUGUCUUUUGGAUAAUUGAUCUUUUCUUUGAUUCGUAGUUUUUAUCGGUUUUUAUUGCGUAAAGUUGUUAAAUCGUUUGUUAUAAUUAAUGUUGCAAGGAUUUGGUGUGACUUUUCAUCGUUUAUUUGAGUGACAUUGUGGGGAAUUUGUAACCUUGGAGUGGGGGAUGGGCGUAUAGUGGUUAGGUAACCAUUUUGUGUGGUUGUUGAAUUUUAGUUCAGGUCGGUUGCUUUUAAAGAUCACAAGGCUCUUAAAGAUGUACUUAAUUUUGAAAUUAACAUUAUGUGAUUAUCGAUUUUGGUUUGGGCUCUUUUGUUAACUAACAAAGGCCAGGUAUGGUAUUUACAUUUUCAAACCUACAAGAUUAUUUUUCGUUGUGAUUUUUUAAAUGCUUUAAUUAUCGUAAUUGCCAAUGUGAUUGUCUUAAGUAGUUUGGGAAAAAGCAGCAUCUGUUUUGAUCAAAUGUAGUCUGAGGUCAGUGAGGAGAAAACUGCUGUGUCAUUCAGUGGAUAGUUGGUUGUUCUUGUGAUCUCGUCUGGGUGUGGUCUUUUUAUUACUUGUUCAACUAGAUAACCUACAGACUAAUCGUUAUACAUGCAAAUAUCAUUGUUAGCUUGGACAUUAUGUACUAUUUUGAGGGUUUGAGCCUUUGAGGCCUUGUGUGGUUUAGUAUUCUCAAAUGGCCGUCUUUUUCUGCAUUAGAUUUAAUUCUACCUAGUCAAGAUGUGUUUGUACGCGAAUCAUGUGGUGUUUUGUACUUUUUGCUUGGUGUUUUAACUCACCCGUGCCAAUAAUUCUAAUAUAAUACUCUGUGUCACUAUACUUAAAGAUGGCGGCUGUACCCCUCUUCCGAAAGACAGAACUGCGGAUAUUCUGGUAAGCAGACAGCUCGUGGGGAGAGGCUCUUCUGGGGUACGCGUGACCUGGUGGAAGAACCAAUAGGCUUCUUGGUAUUUACCCUGGAAGCCCGCGUUACAACCUUAUUGACCAAUCCCCGCCGUCGCUUUGCACACGUUGACGUAAUGUAAUCUGAUAAGGAGGAGGGUGGUUUCGGUGCCCUCGCAUUUUGUACAGGAUUAAAUGGCGGAGCCUGUCACAGACAGCAUAUCUGUAUUACUGAAUAGGCUGGGCCAAUAGUAUUUUGCAAUUUCCUUGACGGACAGCAAAAGCAUGCGAAUAGGUUGGCCCGAAAGAUUGUCAGUGAAGUCUCAGUAUCUAGGGGUGUGGUGACUUUGACGGACAGGGUAAGUAGCGAAUGGUAACUCAGAGGGCGUGGACAGUCUGAGGUAGUCUACCCAAUAGGGUGAGUCGUCUGUCUAUAAAACACCGGGUGUAGUCAAAUCGUCGCCAUUUCAACGAAGCAGAAUAGAGGAGUUUGCUGUGACGGGGAGCGGAGAGAACUGACGAACAGAGACGGAUCCAGGACUGAGUCUAGCUAAAAAGAGAAUCCGGAUCCAUCCUGAUGGAUAUGGCCGUUAACCCGCUCCUUGACAGCUCCCUUGUCGGGGUUGAGGUUGGCAUUAUGGGAGUCACAACGAUGGACCAGGGUUCUACCACAGCCGGAAAACGCAUCAGAAAACCUUCACUACUCUAUGAGGGCUUUGAGAGUCCUGGGAUGCCCCCCCUCAGUCUUCUGGCCCCUGCGGGACCCCCACAGCCCCCAGUGAAAGACCCCAACCGACAAGGAAGGAUGACCAACCAACUUCAGUUCCUACAGAAAGUCCUGCUCAAGUCUUUGUGGAGGCACCACUUUGCCUGGCCCUUCCAUGAACCUGUAGAUGCGGUCAAGCUCAACCUGCCAGACUAUCAUAAGAUCAUCAAAACUCCCAUGGAUAUGGGCACUAUAAAGAAGAGACUAGAAAAUAACUACUACCGCAGUGCCAGUGAGUGCAUGCAGGACUUCAACACCAUGUUUACCAAUUGCUACAUUUAUAACAAGCCUACAGAUGACAUAGUACUGAUGGCUCAGUCUCUGGAGAAGGCCUUCCUGCAGAAAGUGGCCCAGAUGCCCCAAGAGGAACUAGAGCUACCUCCUCCACCUCCUCGGAUCAAACCAGGCAAACCUGGCAGAAAAGGCAGAGGUAAUGCAGUCUCUGGAGGAGUGACAACAGCUCAUCAGGUCCCAGCUGUUUCCCAGUCAGCGUACUCACCUCCAACCCCAGAAACACCUGACUCCAUCCUCUCCACCCCCCCACAGACACAUAUGACUAAGAGCCUGCCCCCCAUUCUUACAAGUGAACAAAGCAUCCCUACCAUUACUAGUCUGCCUCCCACACAGCCCACUGCUAAGAAAAAAGGUGUGAAAAGGAAAGCAGACACAACCACCCCAACCACUGUAGCCAUGCCCAUCAUGAGCACCAUGGGUGUCAGUGGCAUCAGCCUGGGGAUGGGCAGUGGGCACGACUCCCCGCUCACCCUCACUUCUCUGGGAGUGGACCACAACUCCGGCCUGGGGAUGAACCAAGGCCUCGGCCUCAGCCAGGGCAUGAGCAUGGGGAUGGGCAUGGGCAUGGGUAUGGGUAUGGGCUGUGGAACAGUGAUGAUGGGUAACAAAGCAGGGUCUGGGGGCAGGAGAGGAGUGAGUGGAAGAGCCAUCAAGCCUCCCAAGAAGGAUCUCCCAGAUUCCAUGGUGCCGCCGCCGGUGCGCCGCAGCAAGCUGAGUCCCCAGCUGCGCUACUGCAAUGGGGUUCUGAAGGAGCUUCUGUCAAAGAAGCACGCAGCUUAUGCCUGGCCGUUUUACAAGCCUGUUGAUGCCUCAUCACUUGGUCUUCACGACUACCACGACAUCAUUAAGCAGCCCAUGGAUCUUAGCACCAUCAAGAGGAAGAUGGACGGCAGAGAGUAUCGUGACUCCCAACAAUUUUCUGCUGAUGUUAGACUGAUGUUCUCAAACUGCUACAAGUACAACCCGCCUGAUCAUGAUGUGGUGGGCAUGGCCAGAAAACUGCAGGAUGUAUUUGAGUUCUGCUUUGCUAAGAUGCCAGAUGAGCCUCCAGCACCCCCUAGCUCCUCAUCUUCCUCCUCGUCCUCUUCAUCGUCGUCUGAGAGUGAGCUCAGCAGUGAGAGUGAGGAGAGCGAGAGCAGCCCCAGCUCUGACUCAGAGGAGGAGAGGGCGAACCGGCUGGCAGAGCUGCAGGAACAGCUCAAAGCUGUGCAUGAGCAGCUGACUGCACUUUCACAGGGCCCCAUCAUCAAACCCAAGAAAAAGAAAGAGAAGAAGGACAAGAAAAAGAAGAAAAAGGUCGAUAAAGAGAAGCAUCGGAAGAUAGAGGAAGAGAUUACACCUAUAAGACCGCCCAAGACCCCCAAGAUCACCAAGACUCCAAAACCCAAGAGCAACAGAGGAACGGCUGGUCCUGUAGUGCCAGUCAAAAAAGCACCAAGCAAGAAAAACAACAAGAGCAAAACCAAAAAGGGAGGCAUGACGUUUAGCAUGCCUCAUCCGGUCCACGAGCCCAUAGUGAGUCAUUUCGACUCGGAUGAAGAGGAAGAGACGGCACCCAUGUCAUAUGAUGAGAAGCGUCAACUCAGCCUCGACAUCAACAAGCUGCCGGGUGAGAAGCUGGGCCGUGUUGUGUACAUCAUCCAGUCCCGUGAGCCCUCGCUCCGAGACACCAACCCAGAGGAGAUUGAGAUAGACUUUGAGACCCUGAAGCCAUCAACGCUGCGGGAACUGGAGAGAUACGUCAUGACGUGUCUGAGGAAGAAACCUCGAAAGCCAUAUGCAAGUAAAAAUAACAUUGCUGGCAAAUCUCGGGAAGAGCUCGCUCUGGAAAAACAAUUGGAGCUGGAGAGAAGACUGAUGGACGUCAGUGGUCAGCUCAACUCUGGAAAGAAGCCUGUUAAGACCAAACCAGAGAAACCUGCAACAGAGCAGCACAACCAGCCGUCACGCCUCAGCGCCAGUAGCUCCUCCUCAGACUCCUCUUCAUCAUCCUCUUCCUCCUCAUCCUCAGAUACAAGUGACUCAGACUCUGGCUGAGAGGCAGAGGGCGUCAAUAUGAAAGGGUCAUGUGAGGGGACCCCGGGUGUUUUGCUGCCCACCGAGUGGACUGAACUGCAAUAGAGCUACUGACGAUGGAGCCGCGGGACGGAUCAGACGAGACCAGCACUAGGCAGAACUGGUCCGACUCAACAAGUGUCAAACCAAGAAAGACAGAGAUGGGGCUUUCCCCGUGCUCAGCUCAUUCAUCCAAUCCUGUCCUGGACACAGAAAAGUAAAGAAUGGAUGAACGGAUGAAAAGAAGGAGAGUCAUGUAAAGUCCUGGCGUUCUCUGGAGAACUGGCCCUGCUGGGCAGAGUGAGGAACGCUCCAUCUCCCACUGAAAAAGAAGCGUGACGCAUGCGUUGGAGGGACAAGGGUGCUAGAGCCAGAAUCUGUCUUAUUUCUGGAGAUAAUUUCCCUUCUUCCCGUGCUCCCUGUCUUUAUGCUGUAUAGAUAAGGUGUACAGUUAUAUAAAUAUCUAUUUUUCUUUUAUAAAGAAGCAUUUUAUGGAGCUAAUUUAUUCCCUCAUUCUGGGGAAGAUGAACUGGUGCGGGAGGAGUUGUGUUUUAGUUUUUGUUUAGUUCUUUUUUUCUUGAGUGACAAAGAGGGUAGAGGGGAAACACGUGCGAGUGUGUGUGUGUGUGUGUGUGUGUGUGUGUGUGUGUGUGUGUGUGUGAAUGUAUGAUUGUGUCAUGUAUGUGUUUGCACGUGUGAGUGUGAGAUCCUCAUAGUUUUGACGCAGGCAUUGAAAAUCAGUCUGCACGCAGAAGCACCUUGGUUCAGUAGAAUACAGAAUGCAUGCAAUACAGAGAAGCUGACAAACAUCUGCAUACUCAUGUACUACUUUACUGCAUCCUUGUGUACUCAUGUACUUGUUUGAAAGGGUUGGCCACUGUACAGAAAUGUGACAUAGUUACACAUCAGUUUAUACAUACAUAUAUCUGUUCCCAUGUGUGCUGUCAUUAUUUUUCAUCCAUUUCAAUUUCUCUGUAAACAUGUUGCUUUUUUUCUUGUGACCAAUCUGCUAAUAAAUUGUGAGGACGUGUCUUGUCCACUCACCCGUGCCCAAAUAACAUCUUGGUUCUUUUGAUUUUUUAUUUUAUUUUUGGUCUGAUUGACUUCACGUCCCAAACCAUCUGACGAGUUUUGAGGGUUUAAAGUUGCAAAAAAUAAAAAAAAGAUUUUGCUGGUUCUUAAAUUUAAUAUUUUAUUGAAGUAGGUGAUUUCCCAUGGUUCAUCACUUCUUAACAUCAUGGUGUCACAAAAGCAAACUGCUUUGUCUUUACAACAAUUUGGCCUUUGAGAUCUACGGCAGCUUAAAGUUUUAUUUUUGGUUUUUAACUGAGUUUUGUUAAAGAGUAAGUCUACUUAUUAAUGUGAUUUUAAAUAAGGUAAUACUAGGUUGGGAUGUUCUCACCAGCAACAUCAGGUUGUAGCUCGUGAGAUGUUCUCUGCUUUAGUCUGUUUGCAGGUAAACAAGUGUUUGUCUAUUUUAAGAAAAGCAGCGUGGCUGGUGAGACAUGAAAGUGGCUUUCUGAAUACUUGGAUCUAGCAGCCACUUUAACCUGUAGACGAAAAAGGUGGUUUAAUUUUGUGAGUAAUAACAAUGCACUGUUUUAUUUGGUGGUACUACUAAACGAUUUUGUGAUUUAGGUAAGGUGUGUUGUUUUUGUUCCUUUGAAAUUAUCAUGGCUUGAGGUCGGAGUAUUGUAUGUUUGAAACUGAUUAUUUAUUUAGAAGGAAUUUGAAUGGAAUUUUUUUUUUUUUUCAAAAUACUGAAAGUAAUCAAAAGCUUUUAAAUCAAAGUCGACUCUGACAUUAUGCACAGAUUAAAACAGUCAGGAUUGUAGAAGUGUACAUAUUUUACAGUCUCAAUCUUUGAGCAUGUUUUUGUUUUUUCCUUCAGUAACUUAGACGAGCUUGUUUUCUUUGUCCAGCAGAGAUUUUUGGGGGGCUUCUGUUGUGAAAUGAAAUACUCCAGUUGUCAGUCUUACUUUUUCUGAAGUUUGUCAGAAAUCUAAAUGCCUCUGUACUUGACUCCAUCGUUUCAUCUGAACAUCUGUACAUAAAUAAACUGAGACAUGUUCAUCUUUUCA